UUUCCUUCAUUUUACAUGCUCUUAUUUGACUCUAUGCAAACAUCAAACUAAGAAUGGCAAAAAUGAGUCUUUCUUCCUACAUAUUAAUACUAACUUUUUCUCUGUUUUCUCAAGGCAUUUUCUUUUCAGCAUCCAAGUCCAUAAGAAAUUCAGAAGAUGACAUGGUAUUUAAUGCAUUCAGGCUGGGGAAAGCUUUUCAGAAGGAAGAUACUCCUCCAAAAUCAGUCAUUGCUCCUUCUCUGGAACAAUACAAGAAUGAUGAGAGCAGUUUCAUGAACGAUGAAGAAAACAAAAAUUCAAAGAACACAGGCUUCAAACAUAAUUUCUUAAAUCAUGGUCUGCCACUGAAUCUGGCUUUAAAACCUUAUCUUGCACUAAAAGGAUCUGUAGCAUUUCCAGCUGAGAAUGGAGCUCAGAAUACUGAAUCAACACAAGAAAAGAGAGAAAUUGGGGAUGAAGAAAACUCAGCUAAAUUUCCUAUAGGAAGGAGAGAUUUUGACAUGCUCAGGUGCAUGCUGGGAAGAGUCUAUCGACCUUGUUGGCAAGUCUGAAACCUGUUGGACCACAUCAUCUUUUCUGAAGAAAACAAAAUCAUUUAAUUGUAUAUCCAGGAAAAAGCCUUUAUUGUUACUAUAACUUGUAUUAUUUUGAAUGCCUGUUUUAAAAGAAAGCAGUUAAUAAAAUAUAUCUGUAACUUACAUGCUAUGCUUUAUCUGUGAAUUAAACUUUGUGAAUAUUCUGCA